UAAAUAAUUUAAAAAAAUAUAUCAACUUCUGUUUUAUUUGUCGAUAUAUCAAUUUUUUAUAAAAAUUGUCUGCAACAAUAAUUAUGAUUUAUUGACUGCUAAUAGCAUUGUACUGAAAGUAUCAUUAACACUCAAAUUUGUACAUAAAACUUAUUUUAUAAGCGUUCUGACACUAUUGUGUGACAAUUUAGAAAUAAUAUUAAUUGUUACACAUUUUAUUACUUUUAUUACUUGUCACUUUUAUACUUAUAAAAGAACGCGAAUGAUGUAAACAAUGUCACAUUUGACAUUUCUUAGAUGUAAACAUAACCUUAUGAAAUCAAAAAUAAUAGAAUGAAAUUAUUUUAUUUAUUAAUAACAGUAAUAUAAUGUAUAAAAAAAUAUGGAAAAACUUAAGACAAGUUGAUGAUACAUUUGAACUUGAACCAGAGACAAUUAAAAGAACACAAUGUUUUUUAAGAGUUAAUUUUACACACACUGCAUUUAAUUGUAAUGAAGAAUGUUGUGUUGCAACUGAUACAGCAGGAUAUUUAUAUUAUAUCGACUUAAUAAGUAGUUGUCCUUCUUAUCAGAAAUUGGGAAAUAUUGGAAAAACUACUUUUAUAGGAUUUAAUCCUAUCAAUAACUCUGAAAUACUAGUUGGCCUGACCACGGGUGAUAUUAAAAUUUUAAGAGUAAAUGUAAAUGUUUCCCAGCAUUGUUUAUUGAUUGCACAUAAGUUACCACCUAUACAUGUUUCCUUUUAUAAGAAGUAUUGCUUAACUUCUUCACAAAAAGAAGUUAUAAUAUGGUGUUUACAUUCUUUUACCAAGGCUCAACAAUUAAAAAUUAAUAUAAAAAAUGUUGUGUUAAAAAAAGCCAGUUUCUCAAAUUUAGGACACAUUGUUGUGCUAUAUCAUAAUGAUACAUUACAAGUUUGGAACUUUAAUCAAUUGGAAAAUGAUACUAAAAUUGAUGCAAAAAUAUAUGGAAUACGGAACAUUAGAGAUUUUAUUUUCACACAGAAUGGAAGAGCAAUGAUCAUAACUAGUGCUCAGAAUAAAAUCACUAUUCUGAAUACAUGUAACUGGAAUUUAAUGAAAACUUUGAAAUUGCCAGAGAACUUUAUUAAUAUGAAGCAUAUGUCAAUUGUACCUCACCCCUUAGAUGGUGGAGCAAAUAACAUAGUAGCAUGUCUCUCCUCAAGUUUUGAUCUUUAUUUCUUUGAUAUAAAUCAAUCUUGUACAAUAGAAACUUUGCAUCCUAUUAAACCCAUUAAAAAAAUUGUAGUUUCUCCAACUGGUAGAUACAUAGCAUAUAUAGAAAAAGAAGGACAUUUAAAAUUAACAGUUACUGAAAAAUUAUUUUCAGAAAAGUGUGAAUCCUUACAAAAAUUGAAAGAACCAUGUAGACCAGUUGCACAUAAAGUAGAUGAUCAUUUAUUAUGGGUUAGAGAAAACAUAAAAGAAGAACUACGUUUAGAAAGACUAAUGCUCAUUUUGAAAGAAUUUGGAGAAUAUCCUGAAAAAUACCGUGUAUUAAUAUGGUCAACUAUUUUGGAACUACCAGCUAAUAAAAAUGCAUAUAAUAAUCUAGCUAAUAAGGCUGCAAAUUCGAAUUUUAUAUCAGAAUUUUUGAAGAACUAUCCAUUAGCUGAUAAAAGUAAAAAGAUAUUACUAAUCACAACAAUAAAUUGCUUAAUACAGUGGUGUCCUUUAUUAGUACAGUGUUCAUUUCUACCAAACUUAGUUUUUCCAUUUCUGAUGGUCUUCCAGAAAGAUCUUCUACUUGGUUUUGAACUCAUUCUUGGUGUGUUACUAAAUUACUGUCAAAAGUGGUUUGAGUAUCAUCCUUUACCACCUUUAAAUGUACUGGGUAUAAUAGAAAAUAUUCUUUUGCAUACAAAUCCAGGUUUAAUAAAUAUUUUUUGUGAACGAGGAAUAACAUCUACUGAAUAUGCAUGGCCACUUUUGAAGACUGCAAUGAGCGAAGUUUUAUCUGGUUCUGAAUGGUUAAUUUUAUUGGAUCAUUUAAUAUCAUUUAAAAAGCCUUCGCUUUUAUUAUUCAGCGUUGCUGCAUACAGUAUCUGUUCUCACGAAUUGAUACUUUCGUCAUUGCAUACACAAGAAAAUAUUAGGCGAUAUUUUACUAGUCAGGGUCAUAUUACUGCCAAAGAAUUGAUAAAUGUUGCUCAGCAGCUUGAUAAAAAUGUACCAUCAAGAAUUCAUCCCAGUUACUAUCUUAAAGACGAAAUAAUUACAUUAUCUUCCAAAGGACCAUAUCAGCCAUUUAUACAUGAUUUCCCGAAAUUUUUAACUGACGACCUUUCAAUUGCUGAAUUGGAAAAAUUGAAAGAAAAAGAGCGAAUCGAGCGUGAGCGUGAUCGCAAAGAAAUGGAAACGGCAGAGGAAAACCGAUUAAAACAUGAAACAAAAGCUUUUAUGAAUCAAAUUCAUCAAAUGAGAUUAAAAGAAGCAGAAAAAUGUACCAGAGAACAGUUGUCUGAUAUAAUCUGGAGAACAGAGGGACAUCAUUCAAAAGCACAAGGACCAGUGGACACUUGUCUUUGUGAUCAUUUAAAUGAUGUGCCAGAUUUAGAUCUAGACACUGCAGAUGAUGAAGAUAAAGAAGACAAAGCAAAACACUAUGAGCAAUUGCAGCAAAAUGUAGACAAAUUAGAAUACGAAGUACAAAGUUUUUUAAACUCAUUAAGAUCUCAAAAAUCAAGGGUAAAGAGUACCUGAUAUAUUUUAUAGUUAUUUUAAGUGGAAUGAUACUUUUUAUAUCUUAUUUAUGAAAAUUAAAUUUUUUUAUCUAAUAAAUAUCAUGGCAUGCGGUAUGAUAAUGUUUAAAGUAUAAUAAAAAUAUUAAUGAAAACUACAAUCUGUAUAAUUUUAUUAUAAAAUUUAUGUACAAUAUUUACAAUCUGUAAAUAUCAUAAAAUAUCUUUGAACAUAGAAUUAUAAAACAAUAAAAUUUUGUAUGUAUAUAUAAACUUUAUAAAAAUAUAAAUUUCUUUAUUUGAGUGCUCAACACUAAAAAUGCUGAUAGUAUUGUACUGUACACUGUACAAAGUUUUGGUUUAAAAUUAUACUUUUAACAUUGUCUCAAGGUAAAGACUAGUCAUACUGAAUAAAUGAAUGAACAGGAACACCAACCUUGUCUCUUCCAUUUAAAUUAGUUAGUUCAAUUAUUACUAAGCAUUCAAUCACCUCAGCUUCAGCAGAUUUUACCAAUUCUACUGCAGCUGUCAUGGAACCUAUGAUGAUAUUUAUAAAAGUUUAUUGAUUAAUCUUAUUUAUACUAGCUUAAAUAAAUUGUAUCAUUAGUAUCUUACCUCCUGUGGCUAACAGAUCAUCUACAAUGAUCACCCGUGCCCCUUUAUUUAUAUAAUCCUUUUGUAUUUCAAAGGUAUCCUAUGUAAACAAAAUGUUCUAAUAAUAUUAAAGGUAAAAAUGUCAUAAA